CAAUAUUCCCGUCGGGUAUUAGUAUAGGCCUGACCAUACCGGUGAGGGGAUACGCCGUGUGGGUGAGAGUCGACUAUACUUGGCCUUCGCUACCAGCAACUUGCUUGACGCCUUGUUGAGAAUGUCUCAGCUGGUUUUCCAAAGCAAGUGCUCCGCGGCUGCAUCGGCGCGGACAACACGUAGCCGGCGGGCGACGGUGCCAAGGGCUCAGCUUUGGGUCCCAUCGUCGGAGGUGAAGCUUGCGGUAUCAUCGCGCGACCCGCAUCCCCCUGUUAUCUGCCAGGGUCCACCUCCGCCUAACCCGCUAGUGAUUGAGCGCUUCCAGGGCGUCGUGUCGCAACUGUUCCAGCAGCGUAUCGUGCGCCUGGGCGGUGCAGUGGAUGACGAUAUGGCCAACCUGCUGGUGGCUCAGUUGUUGUACCUGGACUCCGUGGACCCCAAGCGGGACAUCACCAUGUACGUCAACUCGCCGGGUGGCUCCGUUACAGCAGGCAUGGCGGUGUUCGAUACAAUGCGCCACAUCCGCCCCGAUGUCAGCACCUGCUGCAUCGGCAUGGCCGCCUCCAUGGGUGCCUUCAUCCUGACCUCGGGCCAGCAAGGCAAGCGCUACAGCCUGCCCAACAGCCGCAUCAUGAUUCACCAGCCGCUGGGUGGCGCCCAGGGCCAGGCCACAGAUAUUGAGAUCCAGGCCAACGAGAUUCUGCACCACAAGCUAACGCUCAACGGCUACUUGGCUCAGUUCUCAGGCCAGUCGAUGGAGACCAUAACGAAGGACACCGAUCGCGAUUUCUUCAUGUCGCCGCAAGAGGCCAUUGAGUAUGGCCUUAUUGACGCUAUCAUUGCGAAGCCGCAGCUGCUGCAGACGCGUGAGGUUGCGCAGCUGCAGGCUUGAGGUGUCGUCGUUUCGGCUCGAGCGAUACUGGACAUAGGUUGAGAACGAUGUUGGCUGUGUUAUUUCAUUCUCGUUUAUCUUGCCUGCACGGUGCUAUGGAACUGAGGUGUAGGGUUGGAGACUUGGGUAGCGUUGGGUGGCAGUUACGGUACGGCACUUCUCAGGCGGUUGAUGAAGGGAAAGGCGCAAUCCCUGUAGAUCAUGUACAAGUGGCACACGUAUGCGAAAUGAGUCAAGCUUCCUACUGAGAUGUAAUAACUUCGUAUAU